UCCGGGUUUUUUUUUUCUUCUUCUUUUUUUUUUUACCUCUUGCUUUCUUCCUCCCUCUCUGCUUCUCUGUCUCUCGCUCCUCUUUCUCUAUUUAAGACGACUUUAGGCUGCGGCGUGUAUGUAUUUAUUAAUGCCCUCAUUUUUUUGACAGCACUUAGCUUUAUUGAGUUUAGUUAUACUUUGUUUUUCGUAGCCGCCCCUUUUCCAAUGAGAAGACGUAAAAGAUGGAGCUUCACAUUUUAGAGCACAGCCUGAAAGUGGCGAGUAUAGAGAAGGAAGGCAUCCAGAUUUGCACGCACGGAUUAAUCAAACUCGCCUUCCUGGCCUCCAAAACCAGGUGCAAAUUCUUCAGCCUGACAGAAACGCCAGAGGACUACACCAUCAUCGUGGACGAGGAGGGCUUUAAAGAGCUGCCGGAGUCGGAGCACAUCAGCGUCGCCGAGGCCACGUGGCUGGCGCUCAACGUGGUGUCGGGCGGCGGGAACGCGUCCAACUCGCAGCCCAUUGGCGUCACUAAGAUUGCCAAGUCUGUCAUAGCACCAUUGGCCGAUCACAACAUCUCGGUUUUCAUGCUGUCCACAUAUCAGACCGACUUCAUCCUGGUCCGAGAGCGAGACCUGCCCAUGGUCAUGCACACACUGUCUUCGGAGUUCACGUUACUGCGAGUGGUCAACGGAGAGACUGUGGCCGCCCACCAUUUGGGGGUGACCAAUGGCUUCGUCAAGCCUAAACUCGUGCCACGUCCAAUCAUUCACCCACUCUCAAGCCCGAGCAACAUGUUCUGUGUAACCAGUUUGGAUCCGGACACGCUUCCCUCUGUAGCCACCCUGCUAAUGGACGUCAUGUUCUAUUCUGGAGGGUCGAAAGAAUCUGGUGCCUGUGGGGAGGAUUCCAGCCACAUCCGAUUCUUCUCUUUCUCCCUCAUCGAAGGCUAUAUCUCACUGGUCAUGGACGAACAGACGACGCAAAGGUUCCCAAACAACGUUCUGUUUACCAGCGCUUCUGGCGAGCUAUGGAAAAUGGUUCGAAUCGGUGGACAACCUUUAGGAUUCGAUGAGUGUGGCAUUGUGGCUCAGAUUUCAGAACCUCUGGCAACCGCCGACAUUCCAGCGUACUACAUUAGCACGUUCAAGUUCGACCAUGCCUUGGUUCCAGAGGAAAACAUCCAGAGCGUGAUCGGAGCGCUCAGAACCGAGAGCGCCCUGGCAUAGCCAAGAUGGAGGGGGAAAAAAUGGGUUUUAGCGUUUUAUCGUUUCCAAAAACUGCCAAGAGCUAAUUAGCGGACGACUAUGGAUUGAGGCGCAAAGUGUGAAGGGGAUUUUGUCGCUUAGCCGGUUUUCCUUAGCCCCUUUUUUCCUUGAUAUGCCACCCGAGGGCACCGCCCCACACUGGCAGUUGAUGCUGUUUAGCACCCUUACAUGUCCGACUGUGUUAGUUACAGUGACCCCCGUAGUGGAAGGACAAUGAAUGUACUCACGCAAGAUUUUUUGUUCUUUUGCUUAUGUUCUGUUUUAUAUUUAACAAUUUUUGGCUUCCUUUUUUUCUUUUUGUUACUGUUCUGUUUUUGCUAUUUUUUUCUUCUGGGUUUUUCCAUUAUUUCUUCAUUUUUUUUUUUUUUUCACGGUUUUUUUGUUCUUUAUUUUUUUUCCCUUUUUCAUAACAUUUUUCUCCUUUUCAUUGGUGCCAAUGUUUUUUUUUCUUAUUUUGAAUGCCUAAAGUGAUGAUGCCUUUUGUUGUGCAAUCGAAGGUCGCGUGUUAUUCGCUGCCGUAACCGUGAAGUUGUUGAUCCAUCUGGACGAGAAUCUUUUUUUGUGUGUGUGCAAGUGCUCACACUGCGAGCAACCGGUCGCUUCCUGCACAGAGGAUUUUUUUUUUUUUUUUCAAUUCUUCCGCUAGUGCCGGCGGAUAUGUAGCAUUGAUAGUUUGACUACUUGAUUGUGAAGGAAAAAUGUAACCUUUUUCGCUUAUAACCUUACAAUACAAUAUAUUAACAGCGUAGUUCCUGAAAUAUUGGUUGUUGACCCCCUCCCCAGUCAUACAAUAUUAAUUUUAAGUCUUGAAAUUUUUGUACCGACUGAAUGUUCCGGGCUCUUGCCUAUACACUUUGUAAACCUGGCGUUGUAAUCACUGGUUAGCUCUCGGGUAAUGUGGAGGAAUUUGUGAAAAAUGAUGCGUCAGGUUGAAUUUUGUUAUCACAUUCUGCGUCUGACAAAUUUAGACAACUUAAGUUGCCGUAACCCAAAAAGGUAGACGACGAACUCACUGAGAAAUGGACAACUAGAUUUUUAAUGUUGUCAACUGUUUUUGAAGUCCCAAAAACUAGCUUUACCAAACAUUUGCCCAUUUCAAUCAAAAGAUUUUAAAGCUUAUUAAACACCCAAAUUAGCCUACCGCUGUGUAGCAAUUUUAAAAAUGGUUUACGUAAAAUUGUAGUUUUUUUGUCGCAGUUACUCACACUCAUUAGCAGCAAUUAAUGGUAAUAGUCUGAUAAUUUUCCCGUUUUUGUUUUUUCACCGAAAAUCUCAUAAAAGUAUUUGCGUCAGCAGCGACAUCUUUGCUCCCAGUGUUGGCGUUUUAUUCCCCUUAAUGUAUUACCGAGCCACUUUCGCGACCAGAAUAAUGACAAUGUAAUAAUAAGCUAAGACACGUCGGAGUCCCCCUCUGCGUGUUUUCCGGUGUUGAAGCUCCGCCUCCCCCGUCAGACCUCGACCAAUUGUCUGCACUUUAAUGCAGGUUCGCCCCUCGUCCCAUCCAAACCAGACCUGCUGUAUACUGAUGAGCAAGAACCGGAGCUGACUAUUGGUCUUAAGCAUUUGCUGGUGAUAAAAUGUAUUUUUUCCUCCUCUUGUUGUUAUUGUUGUUGUUAGUUUCUUCACCUUUCAGACUCGACUAGUCAAUACAGUUUUUUUUGUCAGUGUUAAAACACAAAAGAACAUUUCUACUAAUUUACAUUUCGGAGCUUUUUUGGUGAGUGUGUGGAAAAUAAAACCAGCUUUUUUGUGGAGGGGAGAUUUUUUUUUUUUUUUGUGACUUUGGUGUUAUUUUUGUCCGCUCACUUUGAUCGUUUCCCGAUGUGUACUUUAAUCAAUAAACUGGUGACACUGCA